CGACUCCUGCACGGGCGUCGGUCUGGUGAAGAGGUCCGCUGCUGCCGCUACGGUGUGUCCCGCUCUGUGACUCGCUACCAAUUGCGGUACCACCACCACAACCCCCCACUACCACAACCACCACCACACGGGGACACUUCACCCACCUGCUGCUGCUCCUGUCAUCCAUCUUGUCGCCAGGACGACGGUCACCCGUAUGAGCCUAAUGAACAGCACGGGGGCAGUGUUGGUGUGUCUGGUGGUGAGCCUCGUCCUCCUGUCAGCAGUCAACUCUGCCUCCCUCAACAGGGAGGCGCGGGCCGUGGUGGAGAUCGACGACCCGGACUAUGUCUUGGAGCUGCUCACCAGACUGGGUCACUCCAUCAUAAGGGCCAAUGAGCUAGAAAAAUUCGUGCGUUCCUCCGGCAGCGCUAAGCGAGGACUGGAUCUUGGCCUGGGUCGGGGCUACAGCGGGUCACAAGCAGCCAAGCACCUCAUGGGCCUCGCUGCUGCCAACUUCGCUGGCGGCCCUGGCAGGAGGAGGAGAAGCUCUGAUGACGCUCUGGAUCACGAUGACAACCUCUAUGCCCAUGAUCAAGUUGCUGAACUGGCCGAGUCAUCACGAUAAAUUAUAAUGGAUGAUUGUCAUGUGGCAACUCAUCUUAGUUCUCUCAUAAUGCCUCUCUCUCUCUCUCUCUCUCUCUCUCCUCUCCACUGUUGUCUGACUGCUCACUAGAUCAUCUUCCUCUCAAAUAUUUUUCAGCCUAGUGUAUGUUUCUAAAUUCUCAAAUGGCAUGAUGGUCUCUUGAAGAUGGUGAGCCUAGCCUAUUGUGGCUGGCUCAUUGACAACCCACAGCUGAUCCCAGAUCCAGUCCACCAGCACAGUCUUCAUCUUGCAUUUCUCCGUCUAUAACUAUAGUAGCAUUGCAUAUAUGAUACAGUAGAACCUUCAUCGAUUAGAAAUGUAAGUUAAGCUUCACCAAACAACCUCUGCAGAAAGGAGGAACAUGUUGUGAGUUGUAUUCAAGUAACAUAAGACACAAUGUUCUCCGGAAGGAAAAUGUAAAGCGGUCUCACUAAUAUUCCAGAUUCCUUCCGUUCUUUGACACUGACUUCAGAGACCUAGUCAAACCUAUACAGCACAACCUGCUUCCAUUAUUUUCCUCAGUGGUUGGAGACUACAAAUGUUCAAUGUUGGAUUAAUGCCUCAGUGUUCAGCAACUUUGUCAGAGGCUAGACUAUACUUAAGACUCGGCUUGUUUAAUAGACAGUGCUGUGGGACUGUUUUAUGAUCAGCCUGUCCCUGGAUAAUGAUAUUAGAGAGAACCAUUCACUGGUCACACUUACUGAUAAGCCAAUGGAUGAAUUCCUUUUAGUACUAUUAAUCAGAAAAGGAACUUUAGGAUUGGUGCAUACCUUCUCCUAACCUUCCCAUCUCAGGAUGACCAUAGUCCACCGAGCAAAUGGUUAAAUUAACUUAGUGAAUGAAAGUACAGUAUUACACUCGAGGCAAUACAAUUGUUGUGCUGCAUGUUUUAAUGAGUUCCGACUCGUGUAUUCCUUCUGGCAGAAAUGUUAUAUUGUAUUGCAACCCAUCUGAGUACGGCCGGUAUUCAGAGGAGCAUAACCUAUUUAUUUGUCAUAAUUAACUCUGCCUUGAGCUUCAUUUCCAUUACCAGUUUGUAAAUUUCCUGUUAAUUCAUAUGGUGGAUGAUCUCCUUCAGCGGAGUGCUGCCACUUGCGAGAGGAGGCGAGGAUGUAACAUGUGAUGCUAGGCCCUCCCACCUCUCUCUCUCUGUGGGCUGGAACUUGUCUUAAUAAGGCAAAAAAAAAUAUUUGUGCAUAUAUAACAAUCUUUGGUUCACUUUAAUGUAGAUAAAAUAAAGCGUGUCAGUCCCU